AUUUUCAGAUCUUGAGAUUAAUUGUUUGCUGUCGAUUUCACUUCUGUUUGAUGCUGAAAAUAUAAGGAGGAGCUAUUUGUUACUUGUUGCUGAGAGGAGCGUGGUGGUAUGCACUGAGCAGCGAGUAUGGCGUCAGUCAGUGACAAAACGAGUAGCGAAACAUUGACUGUGGAGUCGAUAAAAACUAUUGCUGAGUCCAUUGGAAUAUCUCAAAUAGGCGAAGCAGCAUGUGCACGCCUGGCAGAUGAUGCUAUGUUCCGGCUAAGACAGCUUGUUCAGGAAUCGAAGAAGUUUAUGAAUCAGUCCAGGCGCACUCGCCUGUGCCGUGAUGAUCUUGACUAUGCCCUGGCUGCUCAGAAUGUCGAUCCACUGUAUGGCUUUUCAUCGACGGAGCAUUUGCCCUUUCGCCAAGCGUCUGGCGGUGGUCGGGAGUUGCACUUCCACGAAGAGACGGAGAUAGACGUUCAAGACAUUAUUGGACAUCCCCUGCCCAAAGUACCCGCUGACAUCAGCAUAAGAGCACAUUGGCUAGCUAUCGACGGUCGCCAGCCAUCAGUUCCAGAGAAUCCUCCGCCAGUAAGUGCCACUGAGCAGAAGUCCGAGUCCUGGUCAACGCUAUCCGGCAAGCAGCCGCUGGACAAAUCAGCAACGAAGCCACCGCCCGUGCCAGGCAUCACGAGCCAGAAGCGGAAAGCGUCAAUGAUGCAUCUGAAGUCGCUCGAUGGCAAUGUCAAGCCGCUGUCUAUGCACAGUAUAUCAGCAGAACAGCAACUGUUCUUCAAAGAGAUCACAGAGUCCUGCGUAGGUCCAAGUGAUGCAAAGAGAACCGAAGCACUCAAUAGUUUGUCCACGGAUCCCGGCCUCUAUCAGCUUUUACCCCGGUUCAGCUUGUUCAUCUGCGAAGGCGUGAAGCUGAAUGUUGUGCACAAGAACCUGCCAGUCCUGAGGCACCUAGUGCGCAUGGCAAAAGCCUUGAUGGACAACUCGUCCCUGUAUUUGGAGAAAUAUCUGCACGAACUUCUACCCGUCAUAAUCACAUGUGUCGUAAGUCGGCAACUGUGUCUGCGACCCGAAGUUGAAGAUCACUGGUCGUUGAGACACGAAGCGGGAAAGCUGCUAGCUGCGAUGUGCAAAAACUUCACGACAACGACAAAUGAGCUUCAGAAGCGUGUAACAAAAAUGCUUGUCCAGGCAUUUUACGAUGUGAAGGCUGCCCUGUCAACGCACUUUGGUGCUUUGGCAACGUUCUUUGAGAUGGGACCAGAGGUUGUACGCACGGUGGUCUUGCCACAACUGGUGGUGGAGGGUAGGCUGUUACUCAAUGCCAUUAACAGCGGUUCGCAGGUCCAGAAAGUGGCCGCUGAAAGCGUGCAGAGCUUCCUGCUUCGCCACCUUCCUCAGGUCUUGAAGAGAGUCCGCUCGCCUCCAGAUGUGCCCGAUGACUACUCCAAGGACUACGGUUACCUGGGCUCCCACCUCUGUAACUCGGUCACUGCUCUGCGCAAGACUGGCACGGUGCACGUGACCAAGACUGCACCCACCAGCACAGCCAGUGCGCCGACGUCAUUGCGUGUGUCAGCGCCGGCGUCAACAUCGUCCACUCCCUCCAACCCAGGCACGCCCGUGCCGCGCACACCGGCCAUGAUCAAGACCAUGACGUCGCCGAUCUCGCUGACACCGUCAACGGCUUCUUCGCCUGUCGCAACGCCCAUCCAGACAACCCAAUCGCAGCUACUUCCCCUGCAGCCAACGCAGAGUCAAGCACAGCAGCAGCAACAGCAAGCACAGUCCCCAGUGACCCCAACAACUCAACAGCAACGUAUAGCACAACUGACAGCACAGCAGCAACUCCAAGUCAAGCUUGCACAGCAGCAGCAGCAACAACAACAGCUGCUGCAGCAAAAGCAGUUGCAAGUACAGCAGCAGCAGCAGCAGCAACAGCCAUCUAGCCCAAAGGUUCCACAACUACCUCAGCAGCAGCAACUCAGCCCCAGGAUAACACUGGAGGGGCAGCCACGGCAGCCUAGUCCGCAGAUGGCACAACAACAGCUGAGUCCACAAGUUCUAUCACAGCAGCAACUCAGUCCUCAGGUGGUGCGACAACAGCUCAGUCCACAACUUGUGCAACAACAGCUCAGUCCACAACUUGUGCAACAACAGCUCAGUCCGCAAGUUGCGCAAAAAUCGCCCAGUCCACAGGCUGUGCAACCACAGCUCAGUCCGCAAGUUGUGCAGCAACAGCUCAGUCCGCAAGUUGCGCAAAAACGACCGCCCAGUCCGCAAGUUGUCCAACAACUGCCCAGUCCGCGAGUUGUGCAACAACAGCAACUACAGCAGCAGCAGCAGCAGUCCCAACAGGCGCAGCUCAGCCCGCAAAUACAACAGCUGCAGCAACUCAGUCCUCAGAGUCCGGCGCAAGCUAAAACGCCGUCACCCAAACCAACGUAGUGAACUGCGUGCCACCACCGCACAGUCUUCUGCCCUGGUGUCCAAGGAGGAUGCAGUGGAACCAUUCUUAAGGCUGCUCUCUCUCUCUCUCUCUCUCUCUCUCUCUCUCUCUCUCUCUCUCUCUCUCUCUCUCUCUCUCUCUCUCUCUCUCUCUCGCUCGCUCGCUCUCCCUCCCUCAUAAAACUGUCUGUCUUAUGACAUUUUUUAGAAUGAUGUACAUAAUUAUUUAGAAACACACGACAUAUGCGUGUACUAGUAUCGGAAAUCUAGUGUCUUCUCUUUGUCAUUGGGUUUACCGGGGUCUUAAUUGCUUAGUGCUUUGUAGGGAGUCAUGCCAAACAAUGCUGGAAACGACUCCCGGGUGCAUUGCAUGCCCAUGCUGCACCAGACAGCCGAUUGUGUAUAUUCAUUUACCAUGCGGAAGUUUGUUUUAAAAGUACAUCAUUACUGUCGUGAUGCUAUUUGUACAGUGCGUGUGGUACAUGUACAUGACUGUGUCUUUUUCUUCUUCUGCUCAUUCAUUGCUUUCUUUUUUCUUUUUGUGGUUGCUGGUCAAUUCUUUCUUCAUUUUAGAAAUUUGUUUUACUUGUAUGUGUGGUGUAUUGAUGUACAUUCUUUUGUUGAUAGCUGGACUAUUUCGAUCUUCAUUCUUUUCCCUGCUGUUUUUGUUUGUUUGUCAAGUGUUGAUCAUGACUCAUGAAAGUAAUACUGAAGUACCCAUA